AUGGCAAAGGGUUUGCGAGCGAAGCCCGCCCGCCAAAGCCAGGACGCAUCAACCGAAAAAGCCUACGACAUUCCUGGUCUUGACUUCGAGCAGCCUUUGACUUGGAGGCCAGGCAAGGCUAUCCCUAUCGCUGACCUGCUUGACCGGCUGAAGGACUUGCGCGAGAAGUUGGCAGCAUUUGACGACGACCAGCCUGACUCGCGACUGUGGACCGGGCUAGCCGGCGAUCUUGUCAAUGCCAACCUGCUCGGUCAUAAGGACAGAGGCAUUCGAGCAUAUGCUGUGACAUGCAUUUUGGACGUGCUGAAGAUAUGCGCUCCAGAUGCUCCCUUUCAGAACCAUCAGCUCAAGGACAUUUUCAAUGUUGUCAUCAACUACAUCUUACCGGCGCUGUCUGACCCGACGAAUGCAUACAAUUCUCAGCAUGUCUAUGUGCUUCAGUCGCUGUCCGAGUCUCAGAGCAUCCUGCUGCUCGCAGAUGUGGACAACCCGGAAUCACUGACCUCCGCCCUGUUCACAAAUUCUUUCGAUAUAUUUGCGGAGCCGUCCUCUGGCCGCGAUGUCGAGAUCUCAAAGACUGUGGAAUACCACCUGAAGAACCUGCUAGGCUUGGUGAUAGAUGAAAUUGAUGUUCCUCACGAGGUCACCGACAUCAUCAUUUCUCAAUUCAUGAGGGUUGCUGCCCGAAAGCAACCAGAGUCAGCCGUGAAGAGCAGGAAGAGCGAAGUGAACGAUAUGAGCCAAAGCAAGCUUCAGCUCAAAGAAUACCCAGUUGCGUACAACAUUGCCAAAUCGAUCUGUACGACCUGCCUGGAUAAGAUGACGGCUCAAAUCACUCACUAUUUCAACGCUGUGAUCGUCGAUGCAGGAACUGCCACAAACAACAGCGACCCUUCGAAGGUCAAGCGUCUUUAUGGCAACGAUGCUGGUGACGAGGACGAUGGUCUGGCCGAUCUACGCAAAGCUCAUCGAUUGCUGCGAGAAUUAUGGAGAGCAUGUCCAGAUGUCAUCGCAAAUGUGAUUCCGCAAGUCGAAGCAGAGCUUCAGGCUGACUCAGUUGCUUUACGGCGACUCGCGACCGAGACUCUGGGCGACAUCGCCGCCGGCAUUGGUAUUGCAGGGUUCGUCCUGAGUGCCAGCAUUGAUCCCGCCGCAUACCCGCAAAUCUCAAUUGAUCAGGCAGAGCCUGCUUCAACACAGCUGAACCCUCUCCUGACCCCAGCAUCUCCCAAGCCCUUCGCCGCGGUGCACCGGAUUCCGUACCAGAAUUUCAUGGGCCGCCGCAACGAUAGGUCGCCCAUCGUUCGAGAAGCAUGGGUCGAAGCUGCCUCACGUGUACUGUCUACCCGAGCCGGCGGCAUCGGUCUUGGUGAUGAUGAGCAGGCUGAACUUCUGGCGGGGUAUGCUCAGGCUCUACGUGAUCCGGAUGAGCAUGUUAGAUUGGCAGCGAUCAGAGCCUUAUCGAAGUUCAGCUAUCACGGCGCCAUCACGAUUCUGGCUGCUGAUGGUGGUCUAGCAAAAUCGUCUUCCGUAUUUUCUGCUCUCGCCGAGCGGAUUCCUGAUCGCAAAAUCGGCAUAUGGGGCGCGGCCUCCUAUGACAUCCAGAGAGGCAACGAGGCCGUACAAAUUGCGGCAGGGGAUUUUGCGAGCCGAAUCUUCAACGCAUACUACAUCAAGGACGAGCACUUGCAUGCACAGCUUGAGAGGGUGCUCUUCGAAGCCCUCGUCCCGCUAAACUUCCCUUCAAGCAAGGGAAGCCAAACCGGCAAGCGCAAAUCGAAAGCCAAUGAGACCAAUACACUUGACGGGCCUGAUGAGGUCAGGGCUCUACGCAUCCUGACGCUUGUCAGAAGCCUCGACGAGCGCUCGCGACGAGUGCUGCUAGGCAUGCAAGGGCGUCAGUCUCAGAUCAGCAGAGGUGUCAGGGUCUUUCUUGAGGCUUGUGAGUCCUACAACGGAGGCGUUGUCCAAGACGAAGACGGCGAGGCCAAGAUCCGUGCGAAGCUUUCUGCUUGUAUCGACAGCUUGUGCAAGCCCUUCUAUGACGCUCCAAGAACCUCCGCCGACUUGUGGAAGUUUGCCAAGCAGCACGAUCGACGCAACUAUCAGCUCAUUAAAUUCGCCGUAUCGCCAGAACACGACUACAAGACCAUGUCAAACGGUGUGAAAGAGCUGUUCAAGCGCAUACGCGAAGGUUCUACUUCAACACAAUCGAUAGUGCCGUCACUGCAAGAACUCAUCUUUCGAAGUGCGGUUAUGAUGUAUAACCGCAGCCACGUUCCUGCCAUUAUGGACGUUGCGCGAACAGAUCAGUUCGGCUUGGGCGCAACAGCUCACGAAGUGCUUCGUGAGAUCUCCUCCAAGACUCCUGAGGUCCUCAAAUCCCACGUCACUGCCCUUUGUGCAGAGCUGGAGCAGACAGCUCCGUCAGCCACCAACUUCGAGGAAUCGAGUGCAGCCGAUACACUCAAGGCUUGUUCGCAAUAUGCCCGCAAGUAUCCCCAAGAAGUCUCUAAAGAUCGCAAAUUUCUCACAGCCUUGUCAAACUUUGCCUUAUACUCGCAGUCACCUCGAGCCGCCAAACAUGCUGUUACGAUUUUGUUGACGGUCAGCGAUCGCAAAGAAAUGCAUGCGAGAGACAUCUUGACCAAAAUUCUGAAAGAUUGUCGGCCUGGUUCGCCGAACUUCCUGAGUCGGCUCGCCGCCAUUGGACAGAUCUGCAGAUACGCUCCUGACAUCGCGAAUGCGGAAGCUGAUGCAAUCGGCCAUCUUGUCCUUGCAGACAUCCUGAGCAAGAACCGGAAGUCUUCCAAAUCUGAUGCCGCGGGUGAAUGGACGGACCAUCCUGAUGAGGAGACGCAGGCUAAGGAGAUAUCCCUCAAGAUCCUUGUCAAUCAGUGCAGAGGCGAAGGGAUCGAAGCCAGUGAAGACUUCGUGGCAGUCGCAGAGACAAACUACAAAACUCUCUUCGAGCUCAUCGAGAAUGAUGGAGAGAUAUCCACCGCCAAAGAUACUCCGCCCGGACAACGCAACCGGUUACGGCUCGCUGCCGCCAGAAUGAUUUUGAAGCUGUGCACCUCAAAUCGACAAUUUGAAGCGCUGACCACGCCAACCCGGUUUCAUGCCCUAGCUUGGAUUGUCAUCCAUCCUCCCAACGAUGUUCGCACCAGCUUCGUGUCACAAGUCCGGAAAUAUUACGCCCAGAAUAGACUAUCUACCAGAUGGUUGACGAUCAUGUUCCUUCUAGCAUUUGAGCCUGACGACGAGCUACGGUCUUCUGCUCUCAACUUCCUCAAAUCUCGUACUCAAGCUUUUGAGCGAAAGCAGCAGGAUAACAAAUCUGGCAGCGAUGCAACGUGA